CUGCACCUGCUCUCUCAUUCUCGCGGCGAUAUCGAUAAACGUAGGUGUGCCUUUACUGCGCCUGUGUGCGUGUGUAUGUGUCAGCAGUGGAGUUUUGUUGUUUAUCCGUAAAUUCUGCACUAGUUUAGACUGUUCCAAGAUGUCCUACGCAGCGGAGCGAGCAUUAUCAUUUCUGUAUCCCCUGGCGAUCGUCUCCUCGGUGAUAUGCUGCAUCACAUCGGCGGUGGCCUGGUCGCACUGGCGGUAUGUCCUCAAUGCCUGCCCGGAUACCAACUGCGGCUGCGUGCUGCAUAGCAGGAGUACGUACAACAGCUUCGAGGGAGGAAACAUCGCCUAUUGCCAUUACGCCACCUACGGACUCCUGUUGCCGCUGCUGUUCGCCGUGGUUCUGGGCGUUUAUCACGGAUAUAGGAUGUGCAUCGGGCGUGGCAAGCCGAAGGCGGGAACAACCACCAUCCGGCAGCGCUCUGGAGACAUGGUUGUGGUCACCACCGAGUCCGAACUUACUCCCGAUGGCCUCUCACCUUAUUAUUGGCUCCCUGCCACCGUUAUCUCUGUCAUCAUGGCCAUCUACCAGCUGAUCUACUCUGCCAUAUUCACCGACGGAUUCGAAGUGACCUGCAAGCAAUAUCGGGAGUCGCUUCUGAAGGAGAUCCAGGGUGUGGGCAACAUAGUGCCCGUGAUCAAGUCUCGUCUGUCAUGCGCUGCAGUCUUCGAUUUUAUGGACUACCUGGUGGAGAGCGUAUCCUACGAACGAAGGCGCUAUGGACGUAUUAACACUGCCGCAUGCUUGUAUUUCACAAUGGUUUUCACCUGGAUAGCUCUGUUCGCCUGGUUGGUCAUCUGCGUGAUCAAUAUCGUCCACCUGCGACGUACAAAAGCCGCCAGAGUUUGAAGAUGCCCGACUUUAGAAAGUUGAAAUGAAACAAAAUUCAAGCACAUUCGCCUUAUUCUUAAUCGUAGCCUUACGAAGCGCCACUUAUUUAUUAGAAACCACACAUUGAUUACGUCCACGGUUAAAACCGCCAUUUGAACACAUUGUACAAAUAAAUGUAUGAACAACGAAAGAUUCAUUAAAUCACGAAAUCAUUUAUA